UCGUACGAUCUCAGCUGGGAGGCGGGGCAGGUCCGGUUCUACGUAGAGUUCGCAUCGUCUCGCUCUAGCACGUGGAAUAGCGGCAAACAAUACGACCGACAACGUACGCGUUCCACUAAAAAGUGCCAGUUCUGAGUCAACUGUUGCACCACGUUAUACGGUGAAACCUGUCCGUCAUCUGGCAGGUCGAUUGCUCUCAACCUGUGAUCUCUCUUCUAGCAUUUCAUGACGUUAUUUACAAAUUAGAAAAUUGAUACGAAGUUAUAAUGGCGGAGGACGACGUUAACGAUGAUAGUAACGAUAUCAAUACGAAAUUCGGGUUGAAAUUACGCGGAAGGAAAGGCGCUUUAAAAAAAAAGAAUAUUUACAAAAUCAAAGAUCAUAAUUUUAUACCGAGGUUCUUUAAACAACCGACGUUCUGUUCGCAUUGCAAGGACUUUAUAUGGGGUUUUGGAAAACAAGGGUAUCAGUGCCAAGUGUGUAGUUUCGUCGUCCACAAAAGGUGUCACGAGUAUGUCUCAUUUACGUGUCCUGGAGUCGAUAAAGGCGCAGACUCAGAUGACACAAGAACUAAACAUAAUUUUAAAGUGCAUACAUAUUCAUCUCCUACAUUUUGUGAUCAUUGCGGGUCUCUCUUAUAUGGUGUUUUACAUCAAGGAAUGAAAUGCUCAGCUUGUGAUAUGAACGUUCACAAACGAUGUGAAGAAAGUGUUCCUAAUUUAUGUGGUUGUGAUCAUACUGAACGAAGAGGAAGGAUUCAGUUGAAAAUUAAUUGUACUGGAAGCAAACUCACAGUCCAAGUAAUGCAAGGUAAGAAUCUGAUUCCAAUGGACCCGAACGGUUUGAGCGACCCUUACGUCAAACUAAAGCUCAUACCAGACUCAGAUAACGUCAAAAAGAAAACUAAGACAAUCAAAUCUAACCUCAAUCCUGUUUGGAACGAAACCAUAACAUUUGAACUUAAACCCGAAGAUAAAGACAGGCGAUUGUUGAUUGAAGUUUGGGAUUGGGAUAGAACGUCCCGUAACGACUUUAUGGGAUCGUUGUCGUUCGGGAUAUCGGAAAUUUUGAAAUCCCCAGCCGACGGUUGGUUCAAAUUACUCACACAAGAAGAGGGGGAGUUUUACAACGUCCCAGUUCCGGAAGAGGGUAUCGAUAUGGUGCAAAUUAAAAAUCAACAAAGGACGACUUCUAUCACCAAAAGACCUACGAUGAUGGUGGAUAAAGACGUACCCCAUAAUAUGGGGAAGAAAGAUAUAAUAAGAGCUAGCGAUUUUAAUUUCCUCAUGGUUUUAGGUAAAGGAUCGUUCGGAAAGGUUAUGUUGGCCGAAAGGAAAGGCACCGACGAGUUGUAUGCGAUAAAGAUCCUUAAAAAAGAUAUAAUCAUCCAGGACGAUGACGUUGAAUGUACCAUGGUGGAAAAACGCGUAUUGGCACUUUCCAGUAAACCACCUUUCCUCGUACAACUCCAUUCUUGUUUCCAAACGAUGGAUCGUUUAUAUUUCGUUAUGGAAUACGUGAAUGGAGGCGAUUUAAUGUUCCAGAUACAACAGUGUGGAAAAUUCAAAGAACCAGUCGCUGUGUUUUACUCGGCAGAAAUAGCGAUCGGUUUGUUUUUCCUUCAUUCUCGCGGUAUAAUCUACAGAGAUUUGAAAUUGGAUAACGUGCUUCUGGAUCAAGAUGGGCAUAUCAAAAUCGCCGAUUUUGGUAUGUGCAAAGAGGGUAUAACGGGAGAACGUACCACUAAAACUUUUUGUGGAACACCGGAUUACAUCGCACCAGAGAUAAUCUUGUAUCAACCCUAUGGUAAAUCAGUGGAUUGGUGGGCUUAUGGUGUUCUUUUAUACGAAAUGCUCAUCGGUCAACCACCGUUCGACGGUGAGGACGAAGAAGAAUUAUUUGCCGCCAUAACGGACCACAACGUCAGUUAUCCCAAAGGUUUAUCCAAAGAAGCUAAGGACGUAUGCAAAGGCUUUUUGACAAAAUAUCCUAACAAACGAUUGGGAUGCGGUCCAAGGGGAGAAGAGGACGUAAGGUCUCACCCGUUUUUCAGGCGAAUUGACUGGGAUAAAAUUGAAAAUCGGGAAGUGCAACCACCUUUUAAACCAAAAAUAAAACAUCGUAAAGAUGUCAGCAACUUCGACAAACAGUUUACAUCAGAAAAAACCGACUUGACACCUACCGACAAAUUAUUCAUGAUGAAUUUAGAUCAAACCGAAUUCACAGGUUUUUCAUUUCUGAAUCCGGAAUUUGUCCAGCACGUUUAAACCGAAGAUUUUUCUCAUUGAUACAAAUUUAUAUGUAAUUCGGUCAUUUUUCAUCAAUUGAAAAAUCCGGGUUGAAAAAAAUUGAGAAGAUACGACAUAUCUUUGGAAAGAAAAAUAAUUUUAAGAAAGUGAAUAAUUUAGAAAUUGUAGUGUUUAGCUGCAGAUUGAUUAAUUUCAGUCCUGAUCGACAUAACUUAUCCCAACAAUAAACCAAAAUGCUAAUCCUGGUUCCUCUUCCGGUUCUAUCAGCUGUUUUAUUAAAAAUAAACUCCUCAGAACUGAAAUUCAGAUAUCUGAAGCAUCUUUCAGUGUCCCCACUGACUUAUGUGCCAAGCUUGUCGCUAUGCUAAGCCAAAAAAAAAACAUUCCAAUACUUUCGUUGUGUUCUUCAAGUCCGUUUCAUUUACACCCGAUUAUAUAUUUGUGAUGAUUUCUUCUAACGUUUUGGAGUAUAUUGGAAAUGGUCGGGUGUAUGGAAAACUGAUUUUCUUUGUUCAAUAAUCGUUUAGAAAAAGCAAUAAUAACAUUCCUUAGAAUUAGAUUUUUCGCGAAGAAAUGAAACAACCAACCUCAGAAAUUUUAGUUACAAUUCCAAUUAAGGAUGACAAUAAUUUUCGAAAAAUAUUUGUUUUUUUUUAUCAUGUUUUCCGACUCAAUGCAAAGAUCAUCAUCAAGGAUUUUCCGCAAAUACCCGCAAAUAAUUUCAAAUCUGGUAUUUGUAUAUGGUGCAUCAGAAGUAUGCACGUAAUCUUUAGGGAUUUGUCACAAUAUCCACGCAAUGAUUUCAAAUCUAGCAGUUGCGAGUAUCCCUAUAUACCUGGUGCACCAAAAUUAUGAAACGUGUUAAAAAAUUUUUCAGAGAAUGCCUCUAUAUUUUGACAUACAAAGACAUCCCCCGGGUACCUAGUGAAGCGGAACUUGGACGUAAUUUGAAGGAGUUUAUCCAAAAAAUUUCGAUUCUGGCUUCGACAGUAUCUGGUGCGUUGGAACCUGGACGUCAUCUACGAACGGUUUCCUCCAUAGUUUACUAAAACGAAUCUCGAUUUCGUUAUUGGUGGUACCUGGUGAAUCGGAAUUUGGAAGUCGUUUGCGAUAGUUUUUCGUCAGAUUUGUUACAAACAAGUCUAUAUUUUGUACUACCAAUGCUAUUUCUGGCAUCGCUGUACGUGGAGCACUGGUACCUGUACAUAUUCUUCGAUAAUUUUCCUUUAACAUUCGCGCAAUCGAACCGAGAAUUGUACCGGGGAAUUUUCAGAAAAAUCUUAUCGAUUACGGCAUAGCGGCUGACCUAGUGCACCGAAAUCUGGACAUCAUCUCCAAGAGUUAUCCUGCACAGUUAUGUCGAAAUGAAAGAAAAACCUAUAUCGUAAGGAUUAUUUUGCCGGCAUUUUAGAUUCUAGUAUGAGCGGUACCUGGUGCACCGGAACUUGGACUUCAUCUCCAGGAGUUUUUCCUCAGAAUUUUAUGCCGCCCUUGUCGAUUUGUAUAUCGACAGUACCUAGUGCACUGAAACUUGGAAAUCAUCUCCAAUAGUUAAUUUUGCACAACUGCCUCAAACGAACGAAAAAUUUUAUACCGGGAGGAUUUAUGUACUAUUCUUUUGGAAUCGAGCAUCAGUGGUACAUGAUGCUCCAGAACUUGUAAGUCACCUCAGGGAGUUUUAUUGCAAAAUGUGUUAAAACGAACAAAAAAUAUUAUAAAGGGGAUAUUAGGUACAGCCUUAGUCGAUUCUACCAUCAACGCUACCUAGUGCUCCAGAACCUGGACGUUAUCUCCUGUAGUUUUAUUGCAAAAUUCUCCAAAACGAACAGAAAAUAUUUUAAAGGGUAUAUUAAGUACCGCCUUAGUUGAUUCUACCAUCAGCGCUACCUAGUGCACCGGAACCUGGACAUACUCCGAAAGUUUCUUUGCAAAAUUCUUCCAAAGAAUAGAAAAUAUUCUUAGGGAGAUAUUUUGUUUCGCCCUCGUUGAUUUUGGUACCGACAGUACCUGGUGCGCCUGAACCUGGACGUCAUCUUCAGGAGAUUUCCUUGGUAUUCAUCAGCAAUCCUGAGUCCCAUGUCGCCUAUUUGAUCGAAAAACAUGGUACGUUUCGGAAAUCCUCAAUUCCAUCCGAUUUGUUGAUAAAAUUUCAGAGGUUCCGUUUCUUUUUUUGCUUUAUUUCUAUACCUAUUUAGUCAUUGGCUGAAUUGCAUUAUAAAUUUGCUUGUGAUUCUAAGUACGCCAUUACUUCUAGUCGUUACAUCGAUAACGGUUGUCGAAUUACCUUUUUUUUUCGAACUUUGUAUAGUACAGUCCAAAAUAUAUCAUCUUAAUGUUGAUGGGAAGCUCUCUAUUUAUAUAACAUCAAUUACAUUUUUUUCUUUUAGUCUUUUCUUGAGUAUCAAUUGAUAAAUAACAUCCUGUACAUUUUUUAACGUUCGCAUGCAGUUAUAAUACAUAAUCAAGGAAUUUAUAUAUAAUAAAAUCAAUUCAAUUAUUUAUUAUUAUAUAAAAUAAUCUUUUACGUGUAUGAUUUAUUUAUUUCUGACGUUUUAUUUGAUAUAAUUAAUGCAAUUUAUAACAACGGAUCUUAACCAAAUUUUUACAAUAAAAUUGAAUAGUAUAAGCCAUUUAUUGACAUUCGAUGAUAAUAUCUGCCAAUCAAUAUCAUGAAAAUAAUUCAGUAAUCACUCAAACAAAAUGCUUGUAGUCACGUACAACUUACAAUUUGAUAUUUCUCCCCUUUAAAACCACCUAAAUUCACAGAAUUGCUUGUUGUUGCAAAUUCCAAGGGGUCCUUAUUCACGACUAACCGUUUCUCGUUGUCCUGCAUCAUUCUCGCACUAGGAGUCGAUGCUUUAGCUCUGUACUCGCCGGUUAGUCAUCUCAUACCCCUUUCCGAUUUAAAAACAACCGUAAAAUACCACAAAAGAUGAAGUUUUGAAUUGAAAAAAUGUUAUAAUUUUUGGACUACACUAUAAUUUUCCAAUUAUAUAAUAUGUAUAGAUAAAAAUGUAGAAGUACUGGCUUUCGUAUUACAAAUAUUAUCAUAAGCCUUUCUAUUUUGAAAAUGAUCGCACUUUAUAAUGUACGAUGAUGUAGUUGUUCACACGAAAAUAAUUAUAUUUCUUGCAGUUCUUCCAAAAUAAAAGACAAUUGUCUUAAAAGGUACGUUUAUAAAGAAAAAACAAGAACAAUUUUUAUCGAUUUCUUCAACAUUUAAUUAGUAAUCGAUUGAAAUAAUUUUAGGUUAUGUUAAAUGUUUUGUAUUCGAAGAUGAUUUUAUGAAUCUCAAAAUAAAAUGACAUUAGUAUUAUUAAAAAUAGUAAGACUGGUAUUAUUAUUUUUUUAAAAUCGUCUUUAAUAUUAACAACAUGCUUAUCUUUACUAUCUCUUCUAAAAUCUUCACACGAAAUCAAUAAAGGAAUCAGAACCCAUUCUAAGAAAAACUAGUGAAAUAAAUCGAUGCAAUCGAUAAAUGAUGCAAUAGUCGAGUAUGUAGGCGUCCGCCAUGUUAAAAAGAAAACAAUAUGAAAAUUCCUGACACUUUUUAUGAAUAGGGCUAAAAUCAGUGUAGUUGAAUGUAAAAU